AUGUCCGAAAUAGACGAAGGACUUUACUCGAGACAACUGUACGUAUUGGGAAAGAACGCCAUGAAAAAAUUAUGUGACGGAGAUGUCUUAAUUUGUGGUAUGGGAGGCCCUGGAAUUGAAGUUGCUAAAAAUCUUGCCCUGGCAGGUGUCGGGAAAAUUGUUAUUCACGACUUGAAAGAGCUGACCUGGAAAGAUUUGUCAUCUCAGUUUCUAGCUGAAGAAUCAGAUAUUGGAAAAAAUCGAGCAGUGGUGAGCAGGCAAAAGCUUUCAGAAUUGAAUCCCCAUGUAAAUGUGUUGGCACAUGUCGAAGUAUUAAAUGACGAUUUCAUCAAAUCUUUUACGGCAGUAGUACUGACAGACAGUUGUUCCAUGGAAUGCCAAAGAAUCGACCAGCUUUGUCGUAACAGCGGGAUACCUCUCGUCAUGGCUAAUGCAAAAGGAGUAUUUGGGCAGGUGUUUUGUGAUUUCGGUGAAAAUUUCACAAUUACUGAUAAAUAUUCCAGCGAGCCCAACCAGUUUGAAAUUUUAAACAUUUUAAAGAAAAAUGGAACUUUGGAGGUGAACGUAUCACUUGAUAGCAGAGGAUCGCUCGCUGCUGACGAGUUUGUCACGUUUCACGGAGUUCAGGGACUUACUGAAAUCCCAGAGAGGCUGCUUGCUCUGAUGCCAUGUGAUGACAGCGUUGGAUAUCAGGGCUAUGUCACUGAGAUUCGUCUGCCUGAAAGUAUCACUUUUAAAUCUUACGAAGAAAGUCUUCAGUGUCCGAACUACGUUGCAAGUGAUUAUUCAAAAAUUGAUGACCAGCUAUUGGUCCAUAGGGCGUUCUUAACACUGGAUGAUUAUUUCGAUGAACAUAAUCGACUUCCGAGACCAAAGUCUGAACAAGACGCCCAUGAAUUCAUAGAGAUGUACCAAAAUAAAAACCUUUUGCAUGGAGAGUCGGAGUUAACAAAUGAGAAGAAACUUCUUUUGCGCAAAUUUUCGAUGACUUGUGACGGAGAUCUCUCUCCUCUCCAUUCCGUCAUCGGAAGUCUGGCCGCUCAAGAAGUCGUUAAGGCUCUCACUGGAAAGUUUCAACCUCUGCAACAAUGGUUCCAGUUUGACGCCAGAGAGCUCCUGGAUGCGAAGUGGAUUGAAUUAACAGAAGAUGAUUUUUCACCUAGAGGAGAUCGUUACGAUGGUAUCAGAGGCAUAAUUGGAGAGAAAGUCCUGCAGAGACUUGCAAACAGCAAGUUAUUUCUGGUGGGCGUAGGAGCGGUAGGUUGCGAAAUGUUGAAGAAUUGGUCAAUGUUGGGGCUAGGAGCAGGUGAUGGAGGUCUCGUUAGCGUAACAGACAUGGACAUGAUUGAGAGGUCCAACCUCAACAGACAGUUCCUCUUCAGAAAUGAACACAUUGGAAAAAUGAAAUCAACCGUCGCUGCUGGCGUCAUCAAGCGGAUGAACUCGCAAAUUAAUAUCGAAAGUCACGUGAGCAAGGUUGCCAAAGAAACUGAAGAUUUGUUCACCGAUAGUUUCUUUCAGAAACUAGAUGUCGUCAUCAGUGCGCUGGAUAAUAUUGAAGCAAGAAAUUAUAUUGACGAGCGUUGCAUAUAUCAGGAGAAACCCCUGAUCGAUUGCGGUACUGAAGGUUUGCAGUGCAACACGCAGGUUAUUCUGCCCCAUCGUACAGUUUCCUAUCAGUCACGUUCAACUUCAAAUCAAAAUGAAGUUUCAAUCCCUAUGUGUACUCUCAAGUUUUUUCCUUCAAGAAUUGAACAUACCAUCCAAUGGGCGCGAGAUGACUUCGAAGGUAAGUUCUGCUUGUCAAUCAAGGCUGCAAAAGAGUACAUGGAAGAAGCUGACUUUUGGAAAAAUUUUGAAUCACUUAGUCCUUACCAAAAGUUGAAAGACAUCAGGGCAGUUUUCAACGAUGUUCUGAAUUCAUCAGAACCAAUAGAAGAAAAUUUGAUAAAGUGGGCUCGGAAGUCUUUUGAGGAACAUUUCAAUUACAGAAUACUUGAAAUUUUGUUGAGCUUUCCACCGAAAUACGUGACUUCAAAGGGUCUGCCAUUUUGGCAUGGUUCCAAAAGAUGUCCGUCAGUCAUCACCUUUGAUGCAAACAAUAGUUUACACAUGGACUACAUAGUGUCGACAGUAAAUUUGUUGGCCCAAGUCUUCAGUCUUCCUCUGGUCACUGAUGGAAGAGGGAUUGAUUUCAUAAGAAAUGUCCUUAACAACAUGCAUGUUCCUAAGUUUGAGCCGGAUACUAAUUUGAAAAUUCCAACUGAAGACGAAGAUUUAAAAUCUCAAAUAGAAAACGUAAAACUGGAUGAUGAAGAACUGCACGAGAUACUGAAGAGUUUACCACCAAGAGAGAGUUCGUUGAAAUUAAAGAUGAAUGCUUUGCAAUUCGAUAAAGACUGUGAUUCUCACGUUGAAUAUAUAACCGCUGCAUCUAAUCUGAGAGCCACCAAUUACAACAUUCCAGCUGCUGACAAACUUCAGACAAAGAAGAUAGUCGGUAAAAUAAUCCCUGCAGUAACUACAACAACUUCAUUUGUGGUUGGGCUCGCUUGCAUUGAGCUCAUCAAGAUACUGAAGGGUGAUUGGACAUUGGAUAACUUUAGAAAUUCUUACAACACUCUAUCAUCAUGUAAUAUCAACUGCACCAAACUAAGAGAGCCACCCACGCACAUGUACAACGACGAUGGGAAGUUCACAAUGUGGAGUAGAUUCGACAUCGAUCAUGACAUCACCAUUGGAAAUCUGAUCGAUUAUUUCAAGGACAUGCAUAUGCUUGCAAUUGAUCAUAUCGCAUAUGGAGACAGCAUUCUCUUAUCGACUGUUUUCACGCAUAAUGUUGAAGAGCGUAAAACAAAGACGAUCAGUCAAGCUGUAGCAGAGGUCACAAAGAAGGAGUUGAAACCGCAUGUUACAUCUCUGAAGAUCAAUAUUUCUGGAGAAGAUAAAAAUGGAAGUGAUUUAGAAGAAUUGCCUUUCGUUAAAAUAAAAAUCUGUUAA